AUGUGCCGCCUAGCUGCAGGGAGUGGUGAACUGUUUCGCCACCGUUUGGCUCGCGACGCCCUCCUCCACCGCACAGUUUUGACGCACACCGGCCGCCGCCGAGAUCAUCUAACCACCGAAAAAUGGUUGCCUCCACUGUCCCGCCUGCCACCUCCAUCCAAGUCCGCUACGAGCUCGUCGGUUCAAAUGUGCGGAAGAAAUCCGCCCAGCUCCGCCGUCAUGUCCGGCGUCGUCGGAGAAUCCAUCGUUUCCGGCGUCUCAGUCUCGGUCGAUUCGGAGAAGACCUGGUCGGAGGUGCCUGCAAAAUACAUAAUGGACCUGCAAGUUGUUGAUUGA